CAGGGAGCCAUCUGUCCACUCUGUGGAUAACUGAAAACAAAGGGGGCAAACACUGAACACGGACUACAAACUAAGAGGCCGUUUAUUUAGGAGAUACCAGAAAUAAAGAAGAGGAGCGAGUAUUUUGUAUAUAAGAGUGUUUGCUGUGAAGCCCCAACAACAGAAAGCAUGUCUGACAAGGAAGAAAUGGCUACUUCAGAUGGGAGUCUCAAUGUUACACUGACGCUGAGGCUACUAAUGCAUGGAAAGGAAGUUGGCAGCAUAAUUGGAAAGAAAGGAGAAACAGUAAAGAAAAUGAGGGAGGAGAGUGGUGCUCGUAUCAACAUAUCAGAGGGAUCAUCUCCUGAGAGAAUAGUUACCAUCACAGGACCCACUGAGGGCAUCUUCAGAGCUUUCUCCAUGAUUGCACAGAAGUUUGAGGAGGAUAUUACGGCAGCAAUGACAAACAGCAACGUGACAAGCAAGCCACCUGUGACACUUCGUCUGGUUUUCCCAGGGAGCCAGUGUGGCUCACUGAUUGGCAAAGGUGGCUCAAAGAUCAAAGAGAUCAGAGAGACCACAGGCGCCCAGGUUCAGGUGGCAGGAGACAUGCUGCCGGACUCUACGGAGAGGGCUGUCACAAUCUCCGGCACUCCACAGGCCAUCACUCAGUGUGUAAGACACAUCUGCUCUGUCAUGCUGGAGUCUCCUCCAAAGGGAGCAACUAUUCCCUAUCGUCCCAAGGCCAUACCUGCAGGAGCCCAUGCAGUAUUAGCACAACAGCACUCUGCACAGGCCUUUGCAAUUCCAGGGCAGUAUGCUUUUGCGCAUCAAGAUUUGACCAAGCUUCACCAGUUGGCUAUGCAGCAUAUUCCCCUCCCUUCCCUUGGGCAGAGCAACCCUACCUUCCCUGGAUUGGAUGCAUCUGCCCCCACAAGUUCACAAGAGCUGGCAAUACCUAAUGAUUUUAUUGGCUGCAUAAUUGGAAGACAAGGCAGCAAGAUCAAUGAGAUUCGCCAGGUCUCUGGAGCGCACAUCAAAAUUGCCAGUGCUACUGAUGGCUCAGCCAUGCGCCAAGUCACGAUCACGGGCUCUCCGGCCAGCAUCAGCGUGGCCCAGUACCUCAUCAACGCCAGCUUAGAGAUGGCUAAAUACACCAUGCAGGCCGCUUCCUCUGUGAACCCAGUUGACCUCAACAUGAACUUCUCUCAGUCUGCUCCCAAUGCCUCCGCUGCUGCUACCUCUAUGGCCGUCCUGGCGGCCACCACCCAAGCCCCCACCAUUAACGUCCACUCUCCCUCCACCUUACAAACCAUCCAAAACCCGCACUACGCCCUCCCCGUUUCCAGCCUGCUUGGCAUGAAAACUCUCCCUGUUUUGACUGUUCACCCAGCAGCCGCUUCCAGCCUAACACACGGUUUAAACCCUUACGCCGCAAAAAUGCAGACCCCCGGCAUGAAAAAAUCUGAGCGGCAGAAGUUUGCUCCCUAUUGAUGUCUGCUUUUUAAGUAUAGUCAGUGUGGCUGACUGGUAAGGCAUUAUUAAAUGAUGGCAAAGUAUUAAUAUUUGACAUUUAGGCCUAAAAAGAGCUUACGCCAGUGUGUGUAAGUUUUACCAGUGUAGCACUUGUUUUCCAUAAAUCAGGAGACUAUUAGAGACAGACUGAAAGGACUGUAGUAUCAAAAUAUGUCCUUAAUUAAA